CAGUAGACUGUAUCCCACCGUUGGCCACUUGUUAGCGAUAUUGUUUUUGAACCAGUCUGGAACACAAAGACCCGUUCCUAAUGGCAACGGAUGCUGCUUCGGUGUCAUUCGUGAGUUAACGGUAGUUGAUGAGUAGCAGCAUGUGAUCAUAAGUAAAUAUAAGAGUAGCAGGAGUGAGUUAACAUCAGACGAGAAAAAUCAAAUAAGUGUGCAAAUUGUGAACAUCUGAUUUGGGACUCGGUGUUUAGUUUUGAUUGUUGAUUUUAAAUUCAAAUUAGAAUCUACCUGUGCAGCGAGGAACUUAUGAUUGAAAAACUGGAAUAACAUUCAGGCAGAAUAUAAUUAUUUCUCCAUAUUUGAAUAAAAUGCCAAAAGCAUUUUUAUUAACGAAUAAAAGGUACAAAAUAUGGAAACAAAUAAAAGAGACUUUCAGGGAGGAACAAAGACGCAGACUUUUGGAGCAAAAGCAACGUCAACAAACGGAAGUCCAUUUCGACCAUGUCGCAGCAGACGACAAGAAAACUUUGCUUCCAUUUGAAAAUUCUACGGAUUACAGCAAGUACACAGACGUAACUGAUGAAGAAGAACCGCCAAGCCCACCGCCAGUACCAUCCCCUGCUAUUAGCCCAUCUUCUUCAACUACGUCAUCAUCUACGUCAUCCGAUGAAAGCGACGGCGGAUAUUCAUACACCACAGAAAAUAGGCCGAUGUCUCCGACCAUAGAUUUCGGUCUAAGUUGCCGUCAGCAGCACAUCUCCUUCCUGUAUGAGCUUAUGACCAAUACAAAUCAAACAGCUCCUUCGUACAAAGACAAUUUUCAUCCAACUUACGACCAGUCCUUUCAUAAAUUGGGGACAGAUUAUUCCGCGCGCGUGGGCCAAUAUUUUGUACCAAUCCAUCCAAUUAUUAGUCAACCACUUCAGCCCAUUUCUAAUACACAGAGUGAAACCGAGAACCAUGCAUGCGCAGACUGUGGCAAAAGAUACAGUACAUCGAGCAAUCUCGCGCGACACCGACAAACACACAGGACGACAACGGACAAAAAAGCCAGGAAAUGCCCUCACUGCGAAAAAACGUAUGUUUCAAUGCCGGCUUACAGUAUGCAUGUGCGCACGCAUAAUCAAGGUUGCGAAUGCAAGUACUGCGGAAAGAGGUUCAGUCGACCUUGGCUCUUACAAGGUCACAUUCGAACCCAUACAGGAGAGAAGCCAUUCUCGUGCCCAACUUGUCAGAAAUCAUUCGCGGACAAGUCUAACCUGCGCGCGCAUAUUCAGACGCACUCUUCAGAAAAGCCAUACGUCUGCGGACGGUGUGGAAAAGCGUUUGCUCUCAAGAGUUAUCUAUACAAGCAUGAAGAAUCUUCAUGUAUGAGAGGCCAGAAGUUUAGACAAUAAGUUUCAGAACUAUUUUUCUUCACAUUCGAGACUUUUUCACUGGCGGGCUGGUUUUUUGGAGACUAUAGAUAAAUAAUGUGUUUAACAUUUUUAAAGUAUAUGACAUAAUGCAAGAUUCUGAUGAGCAAAUUGACCUUACUAACAUAUUUCGAACUCCGUCAUGAUAAAAAGAACGUUUUGCUCAUUUACGUAAGAAAAUUUCGUUAAUCAUGUUUUAUGAAUACAGUAUGGAGAAAUAUCCAUCUGCUAACAACUACGAGAGAAAAGAUAUAAAUAAAAAAAAAACGGUUCUUCACUACGAAACAUGUCUGAAAUUAUCAACAGAAAAAAGAGAAAAAAAAAUGACUUUGGCAACUUUUAAAAACCAGAAUAUGUUGGUGAUCAAAGUAUAUAAUGUUGAAAGAGCCUUUUAUAUAAGAAUUGACGUCUUUCCAAUGAAAAAUACGCUCGACAAGGAGAUUCGAGAUAUUCCAAAACAAGUGCUACAAAUUUUUACGGGAUCAAAUUCAUAUCAGUCAUUUGUUUCAACGCUUUCAUUCAGAAUUCAUUAUACAACGACAUGGAUUGAAACAGUCCAAGAGCAACGAAAUUGAGCCGUGCCAUGAGAAAACCAACAUAGUGGGUUUGCGACCAGCAUGGAUCCAGACCAGCCUGCGCAUCCGCGCAGUCUGGUCAGGAUCCAUGCUGUUCGCUUUUAAAGCCUAUUGCCAUUAGAGAAACUGUUAGCGAAAAGCAUGGAUCCUGACCAGACUGGUCGCAAAGCCACUAUGUUGGUUUUCCCAUGGCACGGCACAAAUAAGUUUAAUUUAAUAUUUUCUUUCAGUUUUUUAUUAGCAUUAUUUUAGUAAUGUCAUAGAAAUAGGUGGCUUUUUACAAGUUUUUGAUGUUAUCAAACUUAAAUGUAUGCGUCCAUUGUCGUAAAUUAAUUCCAAACUAUGUUUUAUAGUUAUUUUUAUGUGUACUGUUUAACACUUUUUUUAAUGUUUAUUUAUUUAUUAAUUUAUUUAUUUAAGCAGUUAGGUGUUUAGAAUCGUUUAAACAUUAUUGCUUUAAGUUAGAAUCGACCUCAUUCAAAUAUUGACCGUGCUUCUACGAUAUCAAUUUUAAAUUUCCAAGUUUUCGAGUAGAGAAAAUAUUUAUGCAUUUUACUAUAGGAAAAAUAAUGAAGUUUUAUCGCAGUGUAUAUCUAUUUUUCUAAAGAAUUGCCAUAUUCCCAAGAAACCAGUAACACUUUUUUACUUUGCCUUAUGAAAACUAAACUUUGCACCAAGUGAUAUUUUAACAGAGCUCAUAAGACACGUGUUUUUCAAGUGUUUCCUCAAUGUUUAAAGUCGCUUCAAGCAAAAAUGAAGUGAAAGCAAACAGCAAUUCAAUUUUCUAAACCAAUUUUUGGGUGUUCAGCCGUACACCUCAACGUUUGUGUAAAUACUGUUUUAUUAUUUAUUUGAUAUAUUUAUUAACCUGUGUGUUGUGCCGUGUUUUACCCAUUUCUAUUUAUUUUUAUUUAUUAAAGCUUUUAUUUAUUGUAAUUUAUUGACUUGUACAUUCACUGAUUGCCUGCCCUCUCAGUGACUGGAGAUCUCAUCGGGCAGACUUUUUUAUAAUAAACUAUGCACUAUAA